GUCAUUUGAAUCACGUAGAAAGAAAUUGUAGUUGGGAUUUGCAAAGAUUCACUCGUAUCAACAAAACGAAAGUAAAAAGAUAACUUUGUAUCUGGAUGCUGUCGGGUCUGCAUUAUAUAGUACUACUCAAGUAUGUAUACUUAGUUCUAGAAAUGGUUCUAUCCAAAGACGCAAUAGGUAAGACUCCAAAAUCUUUGCCUAGGGUUUGCGCGUAUCUGAGUCAUCGUUUUCGCGCGUCAAACAGUUUACCAGAAGGCUUUUCUGAAAGUCUAGAAAGAGUUCGUGCCCGAGUUUUACGUUUCUUUGGAGCUUCCUCUACUACUCAUGACGUUGUAUUUACUAGUGGAGCCACUGCUGGGUUAAAACUUGUUGGAGAAAACUUCCAGUGGAAGCAGAGCAACGGUCUGAUUUAUGUUACUGACUGUCACAGCUCCGCUCUAGGAAUUCGUGAAUAUGUUAGUGCAGCUAGAGCUGGGACCGCUAUAUACCCUAUAGAUAGAAAUUGGUGCAAGAACUGGCUUUCUUCAAUUCUCGGCGAUAGUAUUGCGGACAACAGAACUUGUAAAAAAGUAAAGAGUCGAGAAGAUUACGCUCUUUUUGUUUACACGGGUGAAAGCAACUUUUGUGGAACUCGUUAUCAUUUAGAUUUCUGUCGCUUCAUUCAUCAAAACGGUUUAUUCGACUUUGAUGGGGAAAACAUUGUGACUCUUGUAGACGGUGCUAAACUAGCAGCUUCGCAUCCAAUCAAUCUCGACCUAUAUUCAGAUGUAGAUAUUUUAGUGGCUUCCUUUUACAAGAUAUUUGGGUAUCCAACUGGAGUCGGUUGCAUAAUACUUCGCAAGGAUCGUCCUCGAAUCUUGCAUACACUAUCUACAAAAUGUUAUCAUGGAGGUGGAACUAUUCUUUUAGCAAAUGCACAGAGUCUUCAGAUAUUUCCAAAGAGAAGUGAUAACUUCCACGAUACUUGGGAAGAUGGUACUCUCAACUUUGUAGACAUUUUGGUGGGCUUAGAUGUUGGUCUGAAUUGGAUAGAAUAUAGCAUUGGCGGCAUGAAGGUUAUAGAGAAUCAUAUUUAUGAAAUUUAUUGCUAUGCCAGAGAGCAACUUGUAACAUUGCAAUAUUCAAAUGGUCAAUCUAUCAUUCACAUGUAUGAAGAAGAUGAUUGCUAUGGUACAUUUCGAUUAUGUGAACGAGGAGGCUCUAUUCUUACAAUGAAUGUACGCUUGCCAGAUGGUAGCUUUAUGAGUCCUCUUUCCAUUUAUUAUGCUUGUUUAUCCAAACGUAUUCUACUGAGAUCAGGAAUGUUAUGUAAUCCUGGUGGUUGUCAGUUUUAUUUGGGCUUUACAGAAGCAGAUAUUUGUCAUAUUGCAAAACUUUCUUCUUCUUGUUGGGAUCGAUUGGAAUAUCUCGAUGGUAAAGUAAUUGGAGCAGUACGUAUAUCUUUUGGAGUUCAUUCUCGUAAAGAAGAUAUUUUGAAGCUAGUGACGGUACUUAAAGAGAUUUGUCAUAUGGCUUGGGAACAGACAAAUUCAGGUCCAGCGGAUAUCGGCAAUCAUCGUCGUUCCAAUGAAGUGACGGAGGUUUCUCUGCAUUCUAACCGUUUCUACGUGGUCGAUAAAAUAUUUAUAUAUCCUAUCAAGGGCUGUAGAGGAAUGUCUGUGAAACAAUGGCCAAUUUCGUCUGAGGGAUUUCUUUAUGAUCGAAAAUAUUGCCUGGUCCAUUCCAUAACCCACUCUUUACUUUCCAUAAGAAAUCAUGCCAGGAUUUCGGCCCUUCAUGUAUCUAUCAACUUAACCAUCACAAAAGAUACGGGGUCCACUGUUGCAGAAUUAGUGUUUGAAAGCACUGAAUCUGUUGAAGGGUUUUCAAAGAUAUUAAAGUUUUAUGAAUGGGAGUGGAAUCAACAAAAAGUUCAUUGUUGGCUUUCCAGUGUUUUGAUGAUUCCUUGUCAGCUAAUGACGAUAGAAGCAUAUAAGUCGCAAUAUUCCUCGAGGAAGGGUGUGAAGGGGAAAAAAUAUCGCAAUGAUGCACAUUUAUUAGUGAUUUGUGGCCAAAGUGUAGAAAAGAUCAAUGAUUUGUUACAAUUUCAAAAUAAGAAACCUGUUUUAGCGGAAGUUUUUAGACCAAAUUUGGUUGUCAAACAAAGCCAAGUUGUGUCGUGUUCAUUAUCUAAAGAGAAUAGAACAACAGUUGCACCGAAAGCUGGACCUGUAUUACUCUCAUUGGAAGAAGAUCGAUGGAAGGACAUCGCGUGGUUAUCUACCAACAAUUUUAGUGACGAGAAGAUACAAAUGGAAUUCGUUGGUGACUGUAUUCGCUGCAUGACUAUAUGUAUCGAUCCUGAAAGUGGAAAUUUUCGUGAGGACCGAGAACCAUGGUUAUCACUCUCCACUUAUAGACGAGUUAUCAGUGAAAGGGAAGAAGAUUCAAAAACAUUUAAAAAGGAUAGAAUAGGGAAGACAUGGAAAGGCCGAGGUCCAUUAUUUGGUCGUUUAUACAACGUUUCUAUGAAGAUAGACCAAAUAAGAUGGAUCUAUUUGGAAGGAUUGCAUUUUGAAACUGAAAGAGCAUAGAGAUUCCAUCUUUGUGUUGUUUUCAUAAUAACAAUUGAGACAAUCUGUUUGAAGACAUUUUAUGAUC